AUGGCUGCUAAUGCUAGAUUCGGACCUUCACCAGUUCUGUGUGACCUGCCUGGGAGCCUCACACGGACCAUACGUGUGCCCACUCUGGACUCGUGGCUCCUCCAGUCGAGCUGCUGCCAGACGGCAUUGAGGCAUGCAAGAGCUCGUGGUGAAGUCGUGGUCUGCACCCCAAUCGGCGCGCACCCACUCUGCCACGCAGGCCAUGUUCACACACGUGGACGGGGCGGAAACCCUCACACCCGUCGAGGAGACUGUUACCGCGCACCUGUGCCCGUCUCCCUCUGCAUUGGGUUUGGACCAAAGCCUGCCUUCCAAGCCGUGCGGUUCACGGCCCAUAGACGGACAAAGCCUAUACUUCUGAGGCAAGGCAGCUUCUGCUCUUCAUGCCAGGGCAAUACUCAAGGUGUUUCAGGCAGACGGCGGCACAGCAGCGCUGACGUCAUCAGGGAUCUGCACGCGGUAACUGAUCUCGCGCUGAUGGCUACUAAGCGCUCUGCUCAGCCGUUUCAUGGGGCUCAUGGUCGUCCUUACAGGCACCUAUGGCUUACCCUAGCUGACCUGGAAGAUGCGGACCGUAGGACGCUCCUAAACGUUCCAGUUGCUCCCUCCGGCCUCUUUGGUGACGCCAUGGAGUCAUGGAGCGUUUCUCAGAGAUGCAGAAAGCGCGCCAAGGCGAUGAGCCACGUGAUGCACUGUCGCUCACUCCACGCCAUGUUCAAAUGCAUCAUGUCCCCCAUGUUCCUUCAGGCGACGAUUGCUAUGUGUGUUUAAAUACUGUUUGUGUGAGUUCCACAAUAGAAGCAUGUACAGAAUCAACAAAAGAGCUUUUUCUUUCUCUUACACUCAACACUGUGUCACUCGCCAUGUCUCAUAGCAGCGCUGAGCCACAACCUAUGAUUAUAAUGGCCUCGCGAGGGAGCGAGAGUGCCAACACCACAUAAACACGGUGUCACUCUCCUUGUUCAGAUGCAUCAUGUCCCCCAUGUUCCUUCGGGCGAUGAUUGCUAUGUCUGUUUAAAUGCUGUUUGUGUGAGUUCCACAAUAAAAGCAUGUAUACAAUCAACAAAAGAGCUUUACUUCCUCUUACACUCAAAACUGUGUCACUCGCCCUGUCUCAGAACAGUGCAGAGUCACAACCUAUGAUUAUAAUGGCCUCGCGAGGGAGCGAGAGUGCCAACACCACAAAAACUCAUGCAUCAUGUCCCCCAUGUCACUAUGGGUGACGAUUGCUAUAUGUGUUUAA